AUGGCGGCAGCGAUUGUUAGUUCGGCUCGUCAGGUGGGGAGGCUAACAAGUGCUGCUCGAAGACUAUAUUCAGAUGCUUACCCCAAGAUAACUACUCAUUAUACAAUUCAUCCCCGUGAUAAAGACCCAAGAUGGAAAGAUAUAAGUAUGGAGCGGAUUGCCGAAGAGACAGAUAUUUUAAUCAUUGGAGGUGGCCCUGCAGGUAUGGCAGCUGCUAUCAGAGCUCGGCAAAUAGCAGAAGAAAAGGGGGCUGAGGUUAGAGUAACAUUAUUAGAAAAGGCAGCAGAGGCUGGCGGUCACAUUUUGUCAGGGGCUUGUGUAGAUCCCAUAGCAUUAAAUGAACUAAUACCAGAUUGGAAAGAGAAAGGAGCACCGAUAAACACACCGGUUACAUCUGAUAAGUUUGGUUUGCUGACUAAAAGUGGGAGGAUACCACUUCCAGUAUUCCCAGGUCUACCUAAUUACAAUCAUGGAAACUAUGUAGUCAGAUUGGGCCAUUUAGUGAAAUGGUUGUCUGAACAAGCUGAGGCUGUUGGUGCUGAGGUAUGGCCUGGAUGUGCAGGAGCAGAUCUGAUCUUCCGAGAUGAUGGAUCUCUUAAAGGGGUAGCAACAGGAGAUGUUGGUAUAGCUAAAGACGGCAGUCCUAAAGAUAUGUUUGAAAGAGGCAUGGAGUUCCAUUCCAAAAUCACUAUAUUUGCUGAAGGUUGUCAUGGUCAUUUGACAAAGAUGGUCUCCAAAAAAUUCAACCUCCGAGAGAACUGUGAACCCCAAUCAUAUGGUAUAGGAUUGAAAGAAUUGUGGGAAGUCAAGUCAGAGAAUCACAAACCAGGCCUGGUCGAGCAUACUAUAGGGUGGCCGUUAGACAAAAAUACAUACGGAGGAUCCUUCAUAUAUCAUCUCAAUGUUGAAGAGGGCGAAGCACCCCUAGUUGCUGUGGGCUUUGUAGUGGGACUCGACUAUGUCAACCCAUACCUCAGUCCUUUCAGAGAAUUCCAGCGGUUUAAGACUCAUCCAUAUGUGAAACCUAUGUUUGAAGGCGGCGCUCGCAUAGCGUACGGCGCGCGCGCGCUGGUGGAGGGCGGCUGGCAGUGCCUGCCCGCGCCCGCCUUCCCCGGCGGCUGCCUGGCGGGCGACAGCGCCGGCUUCCUCAACGUGCCCAGGAUUAAGGGCACACAUAAUGCUAUGAAGAGCGGCAUGCUCGCCGCGGAAGCUGCGAUGGAGCUUAUUUUAUCUGGUGAGGCGACACAUGACAAUGGCGUGACGCCGACUUUGUAUGAAGAUAAGCUAAAGGAGUCAUAUGUUUACAAGGAAUUGAAGCAAGUUAGGAACUGUCGUCCAUCAUUCCACACAUCCCUGGGAAUGUAUGGAGGGCUCGCCUAUUCAGCCUUCUCCACUCUGGUCCGGGGGAAAGAGCCUUGGACACUGAGUCAUGGGGGAGCUGAUCAUGCCAAGCUGAAGCCGGCAAAGGAAUUCCAGCCAAUAGAAUAUCCCAAACCCGAUGGUGUUGUUACUUUUGAUUUAUUGUCUUCAGUGGCUUUAACAGGAACAAACCACGAAGCGGACCAGCCUCCGCACUUGACUCUGCAAGAUGAUUCCAUCCCAGUGAAGAGAAAUCUGGCGGAGUUUGAUGGGCCUGAAGCUAGAUUCUGUCCUGCAGGUGUAUAUGAAUUCGUCCCCAUGGAGACGGGAGAUGGGCAGAGGUUGCAAAUUAACGCACAAAAUUGUAUUCAUUGUAAGACUUGUGAUAUAAAGGACCCAUCACAAAAUAUCAACUGGGUGGUGCCAGAAGGCGGUGGCGGACCCGCCUACAACGGCAUUUCUGUCCGUCACAACUGGUGCAAUCCAGUCGAAACGUCGGGAAUAAGAUAUAUAGCCACUAAUAAGUUCACGCGUUUAAGUCCCGUAGUG